AAGCAAAAUCGUAAAAGAAAAGCAAGAUGGCUACCGUUUUGCUCGUCGUGGAAUAAUUAAACAAGAAGAGAGCCAAAAGCUCAAGAUAAAAUCGAAUUUCCGUUGCUGUAAGAGAUGUGUAAACAUACGUUAUGUGAAAUAUGCAUGUGUAAAAGCGUUGCCCAUUAAUCGAACGCACAGAAAACUUUGGCCCACAUCCGUUUUAAGCAGCCGACCACAAUUGUGCAUGAUCGAGGUGCAAAAGUAAGCAAUAGGAAAAGAAAGUUGCCUCCAUGUGGAGUUGAACGCAACAAAAACAUCCCUCCAAGCUUGAUGCACUAUUCCCAGAGCAUUAAUGUGCAGAAUCCUCGUCGGGCAUCAAAUUGCCUAUCACGUUCAAGAAAAAGGGUGUUUAGAGAAAGCUAUGUAGAGGCAAAAAAAAAUAACACACACUCACACAUUUACCAACAACAGAAACAAUACUUGUGUUUGUUAGUGCGUGCGCGAAGAAAUGUUUGCACCAGAGCAGCAGCAGGCAGCAGAAGCAGCAUGUAUAACAUACAAAAAAAGUAAAACAAAACAGCAUUUACAUUUGGAGCAAUAAGCAACCGUCUAUCUGCCCCAACCGAAUAGUCCCCGUGCUGGACCAGGCAAUCAUCUAAUGCUGUAUGGAAUCGGGAUUAAAUAGACUAAUAAGGCAGCCGAUGUCAAAGUCAACAUGACUAAAAUGAUACGCCUACACCAGCUAGGUGGUGAUCAGGAACAGCAUCCGCCGGAUUUAACCACCGAGAACGGCAUCGAGGGUGAGAAUAUUUGCACAGAAAUUCCCAGCCUACGGGAAAGCGCGCCGAAAUCCACCAUCAAGCUGCAAGAAACCUCGACCAAAAGUAGCCCGGUGGAAGAUGUGGAGCAGGAGAGCCAAAGUCAGCGCAGGACUUCGCACCGGCUACUGACAGUGAAUCGUACCGACACCGGUGGCAGCACUUCCACUACAUUAUGCUCGUCUCGGUCGAUAAAUGGCCAGAGCAUGCCGGGGAAUCUUCGGACUAGUGAACAAAGAGUGUCAGCGACUGUUGAUCCUUCUUCGAGCACGAGCAUUAUUUGCAGUUUGCCACUGAACCGGUUGGAGUCAAUACUGGGCAUGCUAAAUGUAAUGCACAAAAGCCCCACGCCCACGACCGAUCGGUGCCCUACGGACGGUGCAACGAGACGAGAACAGGACCGUUGCAAUAUGGUGGGAUGUGCAGCUUCGGACGCAGAUCGCGCCCACGAUGCGGCGUACAAGGUGUUAUGCUUGUAUUGUGAUCGUAGUUUCAGCAGCCAAAAGUUGAUGAUCAAACACACGGAUCGCAUUCAUCGAAUAGCGAAGGAACGACGAAGCAGUGCGCGCGUACUGUCGACAGCGCUGAACGGAACAGACAUUUCCGCUUGUUGUCACUUUUGCCAUAAAAGCAAGACUCUAAACUUAAUGUCAGAAAAUUUGCCAGAGUUAUUCAAGCACCUGAUUUCCGUACACUCUGAUCGCUACUACGCCUGCGAGCACUGUACCCUACGUUUUCCGAACGACGAAGCACGAGAAGCGCACAUGGAAGCGUUACAUUCGUCUACCAACAAUGGGCGCCCCAAGUCGAAAGCCGCUCUCAAAGCCUUUAGUCACAGUACUCAAAUUGAUUGUACUCUUCACCACCAACACCACCUGCCACAGCCGAUCGUCAGCAUUGUGAACUGCAAAACGCUUAAACCCGGCAUCGUAACGGAACCAAACGAGUCUUUUCCAACGGCCCCGGAACCCAGCUCCCGGUCGAUGGAUCGGCUCGGUGCAAGCAAUCGUGUUCACGGCAGCAAUGCGAAGGGUGAAUCGACAGCACAAAACAUCUGUUUGCGAUCGUCGCUCCGCAAUGCAAAUGCGCUGGUAGCCGAUAAAGAUGCGGAAAGUGGCAAAUCAAACACCAAGGCCUUUAAAAAGUCGGAGCGAUUGCUGAGAAGAAAUUCUGAGCCCAUGCUACUGUCACGGUUAGGCAUUACCCAGCACAGAUUACCUCGUCAGAGCCGGCGGCUUAUGGCUGCUGCCUCAAUUAAUGCAAGCGCUUCACUGCUAUCUUCCGAUCCAUCUUCGUCAGCAUCGUCUACAUCGUCCACUUCUUCAGUCACGGGGCCAUGUUUAGGAAAAUUCACAGCCAAGAAAAAGGGUCUCGCACUGUCACAUGACGAAGGGCACCCGGUACAAAAUUGCUACAAUAAAAUCACCAAGAUGAAAACCAUACGUUCUACCCUGCACACCAGCUCGUUGCCGCCCGCAGACGGUCCCGGGGGUCCCGAUAUGAUGGAUUCUAGUAAAUCAUCCGACAAAGGAUCAGAUGGUAAUGCAGCAAAUGGCAACCUUUUAGUCCCUAGCACCGGACCAAUGGGUGACAGUGCGGGUGGAUUAAACAAUCGCGGAUCGGUGGGUUGUUCGCCGGCCGGUAAUAUUGUUUGGAGCGAUAGUACCUGCGGUGUAAGUGGCAACGCGUCUAGCAGCAAUAGCGCUGUGCUAGUGGCAGCAAGCAACGGCGUUUUUGAUGAAGACUUCUACGAAACCGUCACACAGAAUGUGAAAAACAAUCUAAGCUGUCACUUGGACGGAAAACUGGAAGCACCUGCACCCGGUGCACCGAGCCCAAUGAGCCCGGUAGCUGUUGUACCAGCGGUACGGUCCACUCUCGUCAAGAGCCCAGUGUCGACGGAAAGCAAAAUUCACGAAGCAACUAAUCUUCCUGCCGUAUCCGUAAUGUUUCCCACGCUACUAACCGUGGAGCAGUAUGGCACGGAUCCGAAGCCAACGACGAGCAGUGCAGCGUUGAGCGCCAUACCAUCCACGUCGUCAGUGAAAACGAAGAAACCUGUGACUAAAAAUUCGUGGAAAUGGAAGUGGGACUUUGUGAAGAAAUACAAAUACGUGAAUGAAAACGGGCGAAUCGUCAAGAAAAUCAAACAACCAACGGUCGGAUUGCGCGAUCUAUCCAAACUGGACAUGUGGACACAGUUGACCAUGCGUACAAAGCAUGAGCUAUUCCAACAUCGACGGUCCGGCGAUGAUCAACAUCGGAUGCCACUACUAUCAGACACACCAUGUGCAAAUGCUUCUGCCAAAGGCGAGCCGCCGGUGCUCAUUGCCGAGGUUGGAGCUACUUUGCGCAAUGAAAAACGAGCCAUGGUUGAGCAGUUGGAUCACAUCCUCGAUGCACGAUUGCUGCCGCACAUAGAUUUAGAGCAGAAUGACCAGCGUAUCGUAAAGCUUGAGCCGGCUGAUGAAGAAGCUAGUAAAGAGCUGCCAACCGGUUUGUAUACAGAGCCAUUGGACGAGAAAGAUGUCACGAUUACCCUACCUCCGGUACAAAGUUCGUCCCUUGUACCUUGGUCAAAUCAGCCCCAGGCCCCACAACCCAGGGCCAAAACUGUGGACUUCCUGCAAAGUCUGCAGCUCAUGCAGCUUAACAAGCACUAUCAAAAAUCACCUGUCGUGUUGAGUGGCGAGUGGGCCCGUCCUAGGUGUUACAUCUGCUAUGGCUGUGGUGCAAAGUUUACCUCUCUGAAGCAAGUCGAAGAGCAUCGCAUCUUCCGCCAUCCUCACGUACACUCUACCUUCUACGAGAUUGUUGGUCGCGAGCUGAUCGAGAAGCGACUGUACAAGAACUUUUUCAUCCCGGUCGUAGCAUUGAUGAUGCACCGUUGGCACUGUAGGCGGUUGAACAAUCCGGAACGAGUAUUGAACAGUGGCAUACAGGGCAUGAAUUCUCAGCACGCAAUGGGGGUUUGUGGAAUCAAUGCUGUGGCCGAAAUUAAAAACGAAGAUUCUUCGUCAAAUGAAGCUACCUCGUUAUCGACAUCAACUAGGGCCUCCUCUUCGUCGUCUCGCCAUUCUACGAACACCACCGUCACUACCCUGCUGGACACCUGCUCUGACGCGAUGAACGCGCUCACGCAAUGUUCGAUGCUCGCAGUUGACGAUGAGGAUGACGGAAGCAGUGUCCGUUCCGUGAUAUGUAGCAAAUGCCAGAAGGAGUGCCAGAACCAGAUGCUGUUGUAUGCACACAUUCUGCACUGCUCCAAUGAUUAUGUUUGGUUGCAGGCCAAAAAGCGCAUGAAGUAUCGCCGUGCUAAACGGCGAAGAGGUGGCAAUCGUAAUGGCGUUAGUUGUGCGCCGUCAUUGCUAACCAUACCGCGACUGGUGCAGCCGCCUCAAAACGCUGUUGAAAAGGUGGAAACGGCAGAAUAUCAAUCAUUAUCUUCAUCUCCCGACGAAAAGCAUACCGCUAACAAUAUCAGCAUCUGUAGUAAUGCCAGCAGUAGUAGCAGCGAUUGUACUGGCAGCAGCAGUAGCAGCAGUAGCAGCAGCAGCAGCAGCAGCAGCAGCAGCUGCAACAGUAGCACUAGCAACGAUAGUUCGAAGGCGAAUGGAAACCAGAAGGUUCGGAAAUCACCUAAACCAAAGGAGAGUGAUAGUGAUAUAGUGCAAAAGCUACUGGCAAACCUUCCGGCAAAGCGCAACUCUCGGCAAACGAAUUUUCAAACAUCGAAACAAAUCACCAAGCGUUCGAAGGUGGUAGCAAGGAAGACCUUCUGCUCGGCAUCCGGGUCCGUCACAUCUCAACAGAUAGCGCACGGAGGAAAGCGUUCAGCUUUACUACUUGGUGAAUCCACCGUAGCACAACCUACUACUGCACAGACCGCCACUGCUCCUGUUCACAAUGGUAACGAUAUUGAUAGUAGUAAGAAUUUGUCCACAUCUAUAAUAUCUGCAGCAAAGCGGGAAAAAAUCCCUCACGGUACUGCUGGUAAAAAAUUACGUUCAAGACAAACCAUGACCAGUUCCCUUCGGUCUGCAACCGCUGCUGGGCAUGUAAAGUCUCAGAAAACACAAAAAGUUGCCUGCAAAAAAACCACCACUUCCUUAGAGGGUAAUGUCAGGGAUGUUAGUUCCAAACCGUGUUCCAAAGAAUCUUCACACAUCUUAGAGAAAAGUUCAGAAGUAAGAAAAAAGGGAAAACUUAACCGAGGAAAGCUUGUUGGGACAGUGGUCAAGCAGAAAAAAAUGGUAAUGUGGAAGAAGAGUAAACACCAGCUGUUAAGAUUAACUACGACCAACGGUCAUCACCGAAUGUUACGUAGCAGUGGUAAGCGUCUGUUACCAGCAUCGAUUUCCACUAGUCAAACAUUCUUAUCAUCGCGAUCCGUUCGUAAUCCAGCGCGCGCAAAAAAUCUCUUGGUAAACAGGCGAAAACUGUUAAGAACCGAAAAGCAAAUACCUUCUUCAGGUGCGAUGGUAAAAGACGAAGCGUUAGAAGAAAAAGAAUCUAAAGUCAGUGAGCGAAAGGACGACGCCGGUAACAGUACUGCGGACACUGUUAGUAGUUGUGCGGAUAGUGGGUCGGUUAUUUCUAGCAAAAUUAAUUCAUCGUCUGAAACUGAACCAUUUGCCAACAUUUCCCCACUCGACUCAGUAGUCGCAAAAGAUGGAACAGAGCAGAACAAUUCGGAAGUGUUAGUAGAGCAAACUGUCGAUAGCUUAGAUAAGCUGGCUACUUCCGAUAUAGAACCAAGUGAAUAUGUAGCUGUCGAACGCAGUGCAGUGCAGGUAACACCAAAUCAACCUAUCAGGAAGCAAUACAUAAAGGACCCACCUGCAACACCGAAAAAGUGUGAUCCUGAUUCGGAGGAGAAUGCUGCGACGUCCGAGUCAUUGUCUUCGUGUUCUAGCAUGGCAGAACAAAACAUGUCUGCAAACGGUGGUCAAUCGGCAGCUGGAAGUAAACGGAGAAAGAAGAAGCUGAAUGACUGUAUUGCGAUGCUAACUGGUAAACUGUCGGAACGAUUGGGAGUUGAUUUUUUUAACAAAGACCAGAGCAAUGAAGAGGUUUCUCCAAACGAAUCGUCCGCGGGUUGCUCCGUGUCGGAGGUGGAGAAGCUUUCAGCCAACAACGCGGCUACUUCGAGCAGCCAUUCUGUAUCUUCUGAUGAGAGCUCACUUUUCGUGAAACAUGAUGAACUUGUAUCAAUGAAUGCUCAGCAGCUCCCCGCACGGUCUCCGUGCCUAGUUGCGUUAACCAACAAUGCAAAGCCACCCUCAGCAUAUACAGCAUCCGCGGAAAGCAUCACAUUGCCUGUAGAAUCAACAUCCGCCACCGCCAACGCAAUCGACACCUGGUCGAAUAAUUAUUGCCAUGCGCUGCCUGCGACUGCAUUGCCUCCUCAAUCGGUUCCAAUACGCCUUAAAGCUGCCAGUACCGUUCGACCGGUAUCACCUAUCCUGGCAACACCGGUGACAUACGAACGGUUAGCGACACAUGCUGCGUCUUCGGCAACUGAACAGAUUUCGGACGAACCAUUAAAUCUGUCCAAAAGCAGUCUCAUGGGACCUGGUGCGAUCAGGAAUGCCACGGUGCAAUGGAAACCGGAUGAUGCUUCCAGUUCGGUAUAUAAAAGAUCACGCUCACAACCGCAGGAACCCUCGGUUUCGUUGAACCCUUCCACGCAACCGAUGCACGCUCAUAAUUUAAAGGCUGACAUUCCUGUCGCACAUUUUAACCAGCCACUGGACACCUCACCGCAUCUAGGUCAACAGAAAGCACGCAAAUUAAAAUGUCCGUCGCCCCUGACAACCGAUUCCGGAUGCACUAUUACACCGAAAGUGGGAAGAGGCAACUUCUCAUCAUUAAAGCUUCCGCCUGGGUUAAUAAUCGAACGGGUGGAAUAUAAACAAUCUCGUCCAUCCAUUACAAAGGAAGUGCCGUCAGUUACAAUAGUGGCACGCCAGCGCCAACUCCCCGCCCCAGAUCCGAUGUCUUCGAUGGCUGAAAAUAGUGCAACAGAUUUAACAAUGGAAAAGCCUGCUUCGUUAACGCACAGCUCAAGCUUGACGCCUUAUCCCAACAGCGCUUCUACCUUCGUAAAACCAUUACCAAACAGUACUUCCGGUGUAAUGGUACAUCAUGGUAGGCAUGAUUCGAAUCACACGAAGAGCAUUGGAUACGGCAGCCAUCCUGAGACAAACGUUUUUCAUCGACGCUCUGAACAAACCACCGACAGUUUAGCACCAGUGUGUUUUCCUUCCGCGUUAAGGUCUGGCCCCUGUCCGGAAAAUCGAAUAUCCGUCACGAUUACCGAGUCUUGUUCUACUGCUCACGAGCGCGUCCAGGAUAUGCAAACUAGCGUUGAUUUGUCAACAACACCCCAAAAGGAUAAAGCUAUUUCAUCCUACUGUUUGCCAUCGGCAAAGGAUACAAUGCCAAUAAGAGCUCCACAGCGAAUGGCACCUUCGGUCAUUCCUUCCACUUUGCACAAAAUGCCCAUUGGUGGUGUGACUGGACAUGCAGCCGGGUCUUCCGUGAAAACACCACCGCCAAUCACAACGCUGAUUAUUCCACAAGUCCCUAUGCCACCGUUGGCAAGCCAGACCGUCUAUCCGCUGAAACGUGCAAGACGCAAAAGUGUGUUUGUACCGAUGUCGGUACCGACCGACGAAUCGAACCGUGAUGUAAUGGCUAAAGCUGUGAGACAACAGCAUCCAAUCAUUCCAACGUUUGCUGCAGCACCAUCGCCACAGUCCGGCACCGCUGGUAGCAUAACAAGUGCUAAUCUGUUAGCGUCCAUGUCGUUGUCAUUUAUUGCACCGAGUUUGCUGCCGGUACCGGGGACAUCAAUGUUAAGUCCAAUCGAUAUGCAGCGGCUCGCCACAGUUAGGCUCCCGGCACAUUUGCAACCUCCUGUAAUUCCACCGUUAAAAAUACCAGAUCCAGCAACUUCCGCUAGCAUGCUGGAAAAGAUGUUUCAUCCUACGCAUAGUAACGUACUAUCAACCGGGCUCGAGCUGAAACCAGACGCUCAGAGUCAUCAACCUAAACCACCCUCAGCAACACAAACAACUGCAAUACGUUCACAUAUGUACGCCAACCCUGUAGAAGAAAAUUCACAUUUCAUUCCGUCACUACCGGCAAACCUGAAUGGAUUCAUUACUCAACCAGAACAUAUAGUGAACACAAACAUGCCGGCAACUGCCAGAACGUCCGAUACGAAAACUGCGAAACCGAACAACAGUUCGUCUGGAGCGGCUAGUAAAGGCAGUGGCCGCAUAAUGAAACGCAGAGCUUCUGUGGCGGACCUGCAACGGAAAGCGUUGAUGGAACAAAUUUGGAAUCAGUCAAUUAUAGAUAAAAUGAUGAGCGAAAAAGACACGAGAAUUGUCAGCGGUUUUGAAGAAACAAAGAAAACAGUGCACACCACUGUUCCAGCAGCGGAAAUUGUGCUAGAAAAGAGCAGUAAUGUACAAAAAUUAGAUCAACAAAUCACACGCCUGGAAGAAGAAUUAGCAACUAAUGCUGAUAAAUCGCACAUCAUCACGCACACCUCCACACCUAGCAACGCACCAACUAAGAAUAAAGCUGAAAGACAAAGUAAAAAGAAGCAUCCGGCUGAAUUGGGUUCCGUACCGACAAACGAAUUGAAAGCACCCGAUAGCAUGGCCCAACCUAUAGCACUACUUCAGCAUGCAGGAGUGCAGAGGCCUCAUGAUACUGUUACUGUUCCACUUAAUAACUUACAUACAGAAUGUGAAAAAAUGCAAGAUCCACAGAAAGAGCAUGCUGGAGAGCUGCAAGCCAGACCGGAGGAGCUAAUCCCACCGGCACGUACUUUGGAAACGCGAAAAGACUCCAGCACAACUCUCGAACCGGCACACCACACGACAGGCGACAACAAGGAAGCAGAUUCAACUGCACCUUUACCAACGAUAAAUGCUGCUGACACUAUCAAGCCCACUGAUAAAACUGAUGCAGCGUCGGAGGAUGGUUCGGCUCAUGUAAGUGACUGCCAGGCAAGCGCCGAGAUACAAAAGGAAGGGGGGUCGAAGAAGGUGGUACGCAAAAGGAGAAAAAACGAAUUGGCUUCCAUACUGUCGGACCAGCUACUGGAAAGCUUUAAGGAAGUGGACAAGUCGCGAUUGGAUGAUUUAAAGCUGCUGCAUGAUUUAACAUGUGAGACGCCCGAUGUAAAGUUCACCCUGGAACAGAUCCCGCAGUUAGCCAAGCGGAAGUCUAACCCACGAAUGCCCGAGCUAUUGAUACAAGAUUCAUCCAAGCUAAUGACUUCGGUACAUACAACCAGCAAAAAAGUGAACAGUACUAAUAAAAAACUGGUCAAAGACAAAGAACCGGCUGCACCGCAACCGGCAACUGCUAAAGACCCGAAAACUAAACCAUCGACCGGCACGCUUGGCUGUAGUGUACAGCCAACAUCCUCCCUGCUACAAAGUAGGGCUAAAGGUGUUCAGAUGCAAGAGGGAAAAGAAAAAUCGGUUGCACUAGCUACUAUCGACUCAAAAGAAUAUGCACCUGUCAAUGCACAAGAAAGCACCGAAAAGCUAAAUAAUUCGAUGGACCCAAGUUCGGUAGUAUCUGCUAAAGCGAGUCGAACAAAAACGCUCAACUCCAUAAAUGGAGAACACAAGACUCAAAAUUCUCCUAAGCAAACAUCAACCAGACUCACCGAUUCCGAAUCGUGUACGGAUUUAGCUACUGCGCACGACAAAACUGAUGAUGUUACCAUCCAUGACCGUAAAAAUGUAUUAAGAAAACGGGCUUCAACACCGGCCGCAGGAGUAGUACAGCAGGUAACCGGUGUGAAAAAUAAUUCUAAAGAAAAAAACGAUGAUGUCACGUUGGGAAACCAGUUACCAGUCAUUGGUAGUGUUCACCUGACGGAAGCAGUAACUGGCAAAACUGUAGAUACACCAGUUGCACAAAAGGCAACAUCCCAUCCCCCGAAACGAAUAAUGUCUCGUCGCAAAUCAGUGUUUGUGGACUGCGAUUUGGCACAAUAUGUUGAAAAGGAAGAAAAUAAGCUGAAAAAAGAAUCUGCCAACGUGUCGUUCAAGGACGAUCUUGUGCUGAUACCUAGGCGAGGUACACGAAGCCAGGCCCAGUUGAGCUUCGAUUUGGCAGAAAACUUCCCGGAAUCGGCUAUGAAGCCUCGCGAUCCUCGCAGACGAGUUCUACAGAAGCGUCGCGAAGAAGAGCUUAAUGCUAGGGAAAACAAAAUGCAACUGGAAGCCAAGGGCGUCCGUAGUAGUCCACUUUCAGUCGACAAACAGACGAUUGUCGGUAUGGUGGAAACACCAGUGGCCGCGGCUUCCGUUAAAUCAAACAAAGUGGAUAAACGAGAAAAGCAGGUACCAUCGAAUCCGCCGAACGAGUUAUUAGUGGACUCAAAAUCCAAAAAUGAUGAAGAAGAAAAGCCUGUCGAAGUUCCGGAACAAGUACCAUUACGAAGAAUCAGCGCUAGAAGGGCCUCGGUAUGCGUGCGUUCCUUGACGAGUGCGAAAAAUGUUAAAGACGAAACUAGCAAUACUCCUUCAGCAUCGGUUGCAGUUGCAGUUCCGGAAGACGAGCGUCUGCGCGAUAUCGGGAAUGAAGUGAAGCGUGUCUAUAAGCGCAGAGCUUCAAUUUACCGACCAACAGCCGAAUUGCAAGCGCCUGAUGAUGAUACCGGUGGAAAGCAGGGCAUUCAUAAAUCAUUAAAUUCGAACAUGGGAGUAGAGAAUACGGGCCUCGCGAGGAAAAAAGAGACAGUGUCUCAGAAAUCACCCAUGCGGCGUUCUAAAACACCUGGCCCUAGCGACUGGAAGCGCAGAAAUCAGCUUCCAUUAAAUGGGACGUCCGAACCUCUGAUUGAAUCGUUACUGCUGCAUGCCACUGACGCUGAGGCGAAUGCUCCAAAGCGACGCACGACAAAAAAUAGCCAGAUUGCAGAAACAGUUUCCAAGUUGUUCAACAUUCAAGAGGAAAUUAUGCUGAUAGACAGCUCAAGGCGUAAACCACGUAAAGCUAUUACGCCGGUCGUACCGACAGAGAGCGCAUCAGCUCCGGAACCCAUAAAGCAAACGCUAGAUAGUACAAAUAGCGCUUCACUGGAGAAAACAAACGAGAAAUACAAAACGAUAUCGGCGUACGAUUCUCCGAUGGGUAGUAAUGGAGUAAUGGAGGAAAUGACAGAACCACGGUUGCCCAGAAAAUCCUUUUCAUUUUCCAACGAUGAAGAUGAAUCGCCAAAAGCGAUAAAAAAAUUAGUGGAAAACAUCAUCAACAACACGACCAACUCGUCUAACGCUUCGACUGAUUACUCCGAUGACGAUAACAUGUCGCUGGCUUGUUUUGCGGCUCGCAGUAAUGUGCCUAUCGCGCAUUCGCAACAAACGGCGGAUAUGUUUGCCAAACCUCCAUCCACCGUCCCGACACGUGCUAUGUCGGUAAUUGCAGACGAUGAAAGUACUACCAACACCGAUGCCUUAGACGAUGAUAUGAUGAGCGUGACUACCGAAAUACCAACAUCGACAAACAAGUCGCGAAUGGGCACCCGGCGCGUAAGACGAAAACGUCGUAAAACCAUGCGCCAGAGCAGCAAAAUAAAGCGUCAACAAGCAAAAACACAGGAAGAGAACAACAAGCCGGUGCAAUCCUUCAACUGCACCCUUUGCCGCAAGGUAUUCAAAAAGCAGGAUGCAUACAACAAGCAUCGCAUGACGCUCUCGCACAUUGCCAAGCUUUCGGAGCAAGAAUACCUAGUUGCGCAACAGAAUCAGGAGAGGCGACAGGAUGAUUCGUUGCAGCUGUCUGACGAAGGCGCGCAGCCUCCCCCUAAAACGGCCCCUGAACGACCGGAUAUUGAAAUGGUGGAAAAAAUCGUGACAUUGGAUGUACCCUCGGUCAUUGCGACUAUUCCUGACGGUGGUUUGUCCGUAGCGGCAUUGUCGCUGGCAAUCACCGACAAGGGCAAAAGUCACGAUCACCACGAUCAAGAGGUAAAGGAACUCAGUCAAGAAGAGAAGCUUUUCUUCGAAUGUUGUUCGAUGCUGAAGGAAUCGAAUUCUGGCGAGAACGAUAAAUUGCAGCGUGUCACUGUGUCUUUAAAAUCAAGCGAAUUGGUAAAUUCAAUAGACCUUGCUAAUCCGUGCGUAGUGCUUGCAAAUGAGGGAAACAAUGUAUCCGCCCCUGUACCUUCCGCUCAGUUGCCCCUGAUAGAACAUAACCAGAUACUUCCAGUGAGCCCAACGUGCUGUGCAAAGGAGCCGUUCGAAACGGCAACGGUCAUCCAACAGCAAGAAGACACAAUUUUCCAGCAAAAUCACGAAGGGUUGUUGGGAGAGGCAACAAACUUUAUGGUACAUCGGUAUGUUUUGGCAAAGGAUGCAGGGAGUGUAUCACCACCAGCACACCACACGGUAAAGUCAACAUCGGCUAUUUCUGCUGCUGCUGGUAACAGUAGUAGCAGCAGCAGUAGCAGUAGUAGCAGUAGUAGCAGUAGCAGUACCAGCAGCAACAGGAGUACCAGCAGCCGAAGUAGUACUGACAGCAACAGUAUCAACAAGAGUAAUGCCAAUAAUGCAAAAAUUAAAACUAAAGGAGCACUCAAGGGAUACGACAACUUCAAAGUGUCCAUCCCAAUGACUGGUCUGACUGUGAUGUCAACUAAUACGGCAGGUUCAGGUAUUGGUGUGGGCAAAGAAUCGCGUCUAGACACUCUUGCCGAUGUUGCUUUGUGUGGUGAUAUUCCGAAAGAGUUUGGCAUAGCGGUCCAGAACGAUGAGAUAACUGCUACUACUACUACUGCUACUACUCUUGUCAGUGAGGAUGAGCGUGUUCGUGCUUGCCCGGAAACACUCGCUAGGUUGCCCGUGGUUGAGACUGACAUGUUUCUUGAUGCUAAGGUGCACGCACCUUCAUUACCGUUGAUGGAAAAGAAUGAACGAGAUGGUACUGCUGGGACGAAAAAUAACUCCAUUGUGUUACGCACUUGUGUGGAAAACAAUUCAAAAUCCCAAAUAUCGAAUAGGACAGGCAGUGGGAAAAAUCGCGACACUUCCGCCAAAUCACAAGCCAAACCUUCUAAUCGAUGGACAUCAUCCGGACCAUAUCGCAGGAAAAUGGAUAAAAAUAAUCACCCUCCAAACGUAGAAACAGCAGCAGCAGCAGCAGCAGCAACAGUACCUUGUGAUCAUACAUUUUUGUACGAGGGGGACGAUGUUUACGCAUUCCAAGAUUCACCGUGCGACGGUGAUCUACCGUCGACGUAUUCUUCAAAGAAAAAUAGUAAUGCAGUGCAGUACCAAAGCAUGUUGAAGCAUGAUGAAAAGGCUCAGCAACACACAGCACCCAAUGCAAUAGUACACCAGACGACUGCACCCGAAGAGCACGAGGAUAGUCAGAUGUCGAGCUUGAGCUUUUCGGAUCGGGAUGACUUUGUGUACGGUACCAACACGAUGAGCGAAGAGGAGGAAGAGGAAGAGGAUAAGAAUAGUAGCAUAAGCAGCGAACAGACUGCACCGAAAAAGCUCACCAACGCGGAUGUUCAGAAGAAGAGUCUGAUCAUGGGUCGGAUCUUCAAAAAGGGCGGAGCAAAGGAUAAGCUUAUAGGUGAUGCGGGAACGCGCAAGUGCCCAACAACUUCGCUUGAAGCAAGUACUGCACCCGAGGUUCCACACAAGCUUGCCGCCGGUACGGCAGCGGCAACAGUUGCAAAACCGACGACCAAUGCUAAAUCGGCCGCGAAAGAUUUCGACAAACUGUUUGACACGCUCAAAAAUGACGCUGCUGCAGCGACAGACGAGAUACAGAGUGCAAAUGAACCACAAUACGACACUCGUCCUCCGACAGGGUUUUGUGGUGAGGAAAUGCUUCGGCCACCGGGUGUUGUCGAACAUCAGGCAAAUAAUUCCAACCUUCCGGAUAGUCUCGAGCAACGGGAUUACGAAACAACAGUCGAUACGGGGCCAGAGCGAUUGCGUCGCCGAAGAACAGGGCAGCAAAAGAUUCUGACGGAGACGUGGGAUUCGGACGAGUUUGAAGACUUUCAAACGGAUGACAUCAUGAAGCUGAUCGAUCGAACGGAGGACGAUGAGCCAAACGACCAUAAUGCACAGUCCAAGAAGAGGGCCCUAUUACACAGGGCAUCUGAGGAAAAAGUAAAAUCAACAAGCCUAGAGAGUACACUUCCCGCUCCCGCGAAAAAGUCAUCAUCGCUCAAUGAUAGCUGUACCAGCGAGAAAGAAUAUCGUAGGACCGAGCAUACGGGACUCAAAAAAGGUGGUAUACACUCGCUUGGUGAUAAGAAGCCGCCAUCCAAACCCGACGCAACAGUUACGGAUGACACCAUACGAAAGGUGAUGGAAAGCGUCAUACUAGAAACCAUGGGCAAAAGCUGUAUCACCGGCAAACGCAAGCCAACAGCUCACUCGGGAACGUUGGGUUUGGACAAUAGGGAGGUAGCAGCAGCCGUAGCCUCCAACAAUAAGACGCUCCGGCACUCGUCUAAUGGUGAUGGCAGUGGCAAAGGUUCUCUGGCAUCAAAUGUUUCUACCGAAGACGUUUCACUCGCACUAGAAUUAACAUCACUAGAAGAGCACACGCUCGAAUCGAGUGUAGUCAUAUCUUCAAAAACAAUAACGAGCAAGUUCAAACAAAAGCUUAAUUCAUCUCUGCGCGAUAGCCUGGUGCCAUCCAAGGAAGGUACCAAGCAAGAGAGCAACGAAAACGAUACCACCAUUUCGCGAUCCAAGCCGAGCAUGAUGGUUGCAAACACUUCUACGGCCAUACCUGCAUCAAAUCAUCCUGUCACAACUGUACCAUCAACUGCAGCCCCUAGUAACAACAACAACAAUAAUAACAAAAUCAACAACAAUAACAACACUAUCAAUAGCAAAGUGUCGGGCAAAUCGUCGAAGGUAGUAGUGACGGGGGGAAGCAAGAACAGAGGAAAGCCCAAAAGUACCGAAGAGGACUGGAGCGGUAGAGCGGUGGCUGUACCGGGCAGCAAACAGCGAAAAGUAGCACCAAAGAAAAUGAAGAACAUUGCUUACGACCCCGACAGUGACUAUGAGCAGAGCAUCAAGUGUAAGAAGGUGAAGCGCAAAUUGUUGGAAAACGACAUCGAAGCCAAUCUGAAGAUCGAACAGCUUCAAUCGACGCUGCUGAAUGCGGAAGACAAUAGCAUCCUGUUAGCGACCUCGCGCCGCAAGCGUAAUGCAGGAGAUAUGCUGUACUAUUGGUCGUCGAGCAGUGACGAAGAGGAAAUGGAAAAGGAGGAAAAGUCGAACGCCAAACAUAAUGACCGGCAUCGGCAUCGCAAGCCGACGAACAACAAUAAUGCCCCGUCUGGGAAGAAACGCGGCCGCAAGAGCAAACAACAAUCAGGCAGCCCGAAUGCGGUGGAACUCAUAAUCGAUGGAGCCAAUAUCCCGGAGGAUGUGGAGUUGAAGGAUGAAACCAAAGCGAAGGAUACGUCCGCUGUUCGACACAUCGCACACGGUACGCCGGAAACAACGGGUGAUGGGAAAAAGCUGAGAACAAGCAGCGCUAUCACUGAGAAAAAGGCAGCACAAACGCCCAAAAAGAAGCAACCGAAACAAACUGAGCCGGAAAAGUCGUUACAGCUGCAAACACUACCCGUACAAACGGAGGCAGAACCGUGCGGCACCGGUAGUGAGCAUCUACAGCAGCAUGGCUGGAUAAUGGGUGACUCGCACAAGAAGCUCGUAACUAUGCUAGCUCAUGCAAAAGGAAAACACGAUAGUCGCAACAGACAGACAACAAACCGAAAGAAGUAGGUAUCACCAACUCGUAGGAAGCUCGCAUUAAACGUCCAGCUGCGCGUAACAAUCCGUAAAGCUCAACAACAAACACAACCAGUUCAGACUCAGAUUAGUACAUUUUCAAUCACCAUAUAGUUUUCUCCAACGGUCUCCUUGGACAUCACAAAACCCUUGGCAUGGUCAUUGCUGGCUUGGCCAAAUCAGUGUAACUGUUUUCCUUCUGAGAAUGUGUGAUAAUGUUCCUGACGCUCAUCCCGGAUCACCCAUCGGAACAGCACAUUGACAAAACAGAAAAACAAAUUCCCUUGCUUUAAGUCGCAUAAUGCAUGUCUGUGUGUGUGAGUGUGAGUGUUGAUAUUAAAAUUAUCGACCAUAUCUCGUGUAAUGAGGGGGAUUGCAGGAAAUAAUGGCAACUACAAAGCAGUAUAUCGAAGGUGGAAUCAAAAAUACCAGUAUGAAGGGAUUGGAGGGUAGCAAAAUACCAGGUCAGGUCGUCCUUUACGAAACAAGGGUAUGGACGAAAUGGAAUGGAUAGCGCAUUGUAAAGAAAUUAAAACCCAUAUGCAAAUAGUGAUGAACGGAACAGAAUGGUGGAGUGGUGGUUAGCACAUAAGAACAUAAUACUGUGAAGAGCAGAAAAAAAUGUUAGUUACUGCAUUUUUUGAAGAUGGUUCUUUAGUGUUUUUGUUUUUGUUUUUAAAUUCCUUUUGCUACCGACACAGAUAAUUGUAUGAAAGAUUUUAAGAAGGUAGUGAAUUUGAUUAAUAAUCGCUAUCGCAACAGUUCUACGACACUGCACGAAUUGUUGUGCUACGCUGGAAGUUUGAGCAGUAAUUAGCGAAUGGCAGUGAAAAGUUGUAAAUCAUUAACUUGACCGUAGUAGUGUCGAGAGCGUUGAAACGAGAGUAGCGAACUAUGUGCAUACUUCCUUCCGGCAAACGAAUCUCCUGUGGUCUCGAUCGAACCGUUGUAUAUAAAUAGGCGGGAAUGUGCAUUCGCUAGGAACGGAUGAACAAAACUAGCAUUAGCAAAUUUCGUAAAGACGAUUGAUUGAUGAAUUUCCAAUCCGAACGCACAUUAUAUGUGUGAGUGUGUAAUGUAUGAUAAAAAUAUAGAAAACUGGUGCAGAGAAGAAUUGUGAUUAGAGGAACCACCAGGAGCUAGGUUUUGUGGAAGGCAAAUUGUCUAAUGGUCUGUUUUUAUUUUUACAUAUUUGGUGGUUUGUUGGAUGCCCUUCCUUAAUCUCCGAUACGAGGGCAUACAUCACACAAAUGUUAUGGAAAACACAAAAAAAAACAAACAAACAAAAAACACACUACAAAAAAUUUAAGUUCAGUGGUUUUGUGGCAAAAGUUAAAAUAAACAUUACAACACAUUUCCUAGUGGACGUCGUCAUCUGCAUCAUCAGCAGCCAAGUAGCUGCAAUUGCUAGUUUUGCAGCAAUACUCACAGUAUUCAUCAGCGGCGGUACCAUACAUUUCGUUUGAACGGUUUUAAUGCGAAAGGAAGAACGCACGCUACACUGUUGUAGCGGGGUGUAUAGCUCUCUGCGGCGAUGAACAUGUAUAAAAAGCAGCACUUACACGUACCGCGUAAGAAACAAACCUAUUGAAAUCUUAUAACAAAAUAUGUGACAUUAGGUGUAACCGUACAUCUGGUAUUUGAAUAUUUGUGCAUAAGCGCGCGCGUACAGGAAGCGCAUGAAUCAUCAGAUAAACAGCAAUAUUUAAUGACGAGCGAUCUCAGCAAAAGCGCAAAUUAUUCCGAUACACUGAAGCAUACAACACGUGUUCGCAUGCUUAUGAUGGACGCAUGGCGAGACGGACGGGGGUCGGGGCACAAAAGAAGAGAGAAAGAGAGAGAGAGAGAAGAAGGUGGAUUGCAAGGAACACGAUUUUAUACCAUAUUGUAAGCAUAUAAUGGAAAUAGUAAUGGGGCGGAUGCGUACGACGAGUGUGGUGGUGGUGGUGCUGUAAAGGCUGUAAAACAAUAAUUUCUGAACAUACAUUACCACAGGACACAACACAACAACAAAACUAUUCAUUCAUGCCAUCCUUCUGCUAUGCAAAUCGGAAAACUGUAUUUGGAGGUAUGGUUGCACACUAGAACACAAUGUGGAACGUGAUGCGCAACAACAACAGCAACAACAAACACAUCAAAAAUUGAUGGAGGAGAGGAUGGAAAGCUUAUCUCUAGAGGCAAGUUAAUGUAGAGAUCUGCGUCUCGAUGAAGUUGUUUAUCAUUUGUGGGCAGGGCAGGUCAAAACGGAUUGCUAAUCAGUAGAGAAGGGAAAGAGCAUCACACAGAACUGUAUUGUAUUGACUGCCAUAUAAACUUAAUUCCCGUGUCGUUAGUCCAAAAAGUAAAAUAUCAUAAAUGUUCGUAUUGUGUUGAUUAGUUGGGACAGUCUUUAUUGAUAAACGCUUCUUGUUACACAUACAUUUGUGCUCGCCAAGUCGUGUAUUUCUUUUGUUAUUCACAUGCACAUGCACAUGCAAAAUUGAGCACAGGUCUGCUGGUGAUCUGCGCCCGAUUGGAGAGUGCUGAUAACAUGCAGAUAAGUUGAUAAGAAAAUGGAUGGAGUUUUACGUUCUCUGUAAAUCGAUGAUUUCUGGCGAUUGAACCAAAUCAAUGUAAACAUAUUUUAAUGAACCGUGCGUGGUAUGAACUGUUGAACGGAAGGUGUGGAAACAUUCAAUUAGAUAAAUACUGCUACUGCUACACGAAAAUGAAUGAUAUCUCUAUGCUUCAUGUUUCCGAUGAAUCACCUAAUAUCAUCAUCACCUUCGGACAGUUCAUUUUCAUUUGUAAAAACUCUUUGUUACUUGCUAGCAGAUUCAUUUUCUCUGUUUACUAAAUGUAUUUUAGUGAUUAAUAAACAAUUACUCGAGGA